GGACCUGACCCUGCCCAAACGAUAAAGCUAAACGAGCGGAUGGACAUGGCGCGCUCCGGCUCGGUGAUAAACCUCGCUCCUCAGGCCUCAGCGGCAAGAUAUCGGAGCUUCCACCUGCUUUGGAUACGCAGUUACGCUCCUCGCCGCCGGUCGAAAGGGAAAAACGUGUCGAAUCAUAUCCAGCUGAUCACCCCCUUUGGCAACUUGGCAGUAGUACUCCCGUCGAGAGUUGAUGGCGGGCACAAACAGGGAUCGACGCUUUUCCAAGGUUGGGUUUGGGUGUGGCUCUCACGAGGUAUUGCGAAUUAGCGGGACGAGCUUGAGCCGCUGUGUAGUAGGAGACUAUAAUGUCUUCACUCCACCGGCAUGACCUCCGUCUCC